CCCUGCGUGGCUGCCAUGCAGAGCAAGGAGCAGGAUGUGUGCUACCUGAGCAGUUGGAGCUCAUGUGAUUCCGGGACUCCUCCUUCUCCCUCCCGCCCCCUCCUCCUCACGUGCAGGAAGGCAGCGGGAAGGCAGUCGCCAGUGCACCACAGACCCAGCUGUUCAGGCAGCGCAUGGCUGUUUGGGAGAGGGGGAAGCAGCGCACAUGCUUCCUGGAUCUGGCGCACAGCUGCAGGAUCCCCAGAAUAUCUGCUCCAGUUACCAGCACCACAGAAUGUGACAAUUUACUCAUAUAAUUAUCAGAAUUUAUUGAGAUGGGCUCCUGUUAAAGUCAACAGUGGCUCAGUGUUAUAUACAGUCCAGUAUACUACAAAGGCCUGUGAGGACUGGGAAGAAAUUAACUGCACAAACAUUACAAAGACUGAAUGCAAUUUCACACAUCCAUUUAUCAAAAGCUAUUGGACAAUUACUUUACGUGUUAGAGCUGAGUUAGGACAAGUGAAAUCUGACUGGGUGGAAACAAAUGACUUUGUAGCAAAACAAGACACUAUUAUAGGACCUCCUGUUAUAGAAAAUGUGACUUCAACAUCUGAUUCACUUUUACUUAGUUUCUUGCCCCUUUUCAAAGAAGAUGGUUUCCAAGAAGAUAAUUUGUGGUAUAAUGUGUUCUACUGGGAGAAAUCAACAAAUAAACUAAAGAAAUCUAUACAGACCAGGAAUACACAAAUUAAACUUCAGAAUUUAAAACAAAUGACAGAGUAUUGUUUUCAAAUACAAGCAGAACUCUUGGGAGACCUUGUACUUAAGAGCAACAUUGGACUGUUAAGCGACAUCAUUUGUAACAAAACUACAGUUGAUGAUGUGACCAAAACUGUAAUCGUUGUAAUAGUAUUUGUUGGAACUAUAGUUACUGUGGUGAUUUUAGCAAUUACCUGCUAUCUUUUAAUUAAGAAAUUUCAGAAAAUCAUUAAAUAUUGGUUUCAACCUCCUUUUAAAAUUCCACCACACAUUGAAGAGGAUUUAAAGGAUUCUGAAAUGCCUGUUUUAGAAGAGUUGCAGAAUAAUUAUGCUGAGGAAGAUUUCUGGGACUCCUUGUCAGUUGUUUCCAGUGCAGAAGGAAGUCAGGCACUAGUAAGGAACACACUCAACACAAAUGUUCAUUCAGACAGCAGAUCCACUGAAAGGGAAAAAACUUAAAUUACGUUGUGGAAGAAGCACCUGUACUGGUGACAUUGCCUUGAUGCUAUAGGAAGAUGAUAGUGUCACUGUUGACAAAUGAAAUUGUGGGAAAAACUACUUCCUGAGAACAUUGUGUAACCCUGAGUGGGUUUUGAAUGGGUUCUACUGCAAUUCACCAUAUGAAGUACGUUCUCUCUGACUUUUUUUUAAAAAAAAACAGGUUUGAAUGUAAACUGGAAAUGGAACACUAAAUGAGCAGAGAGAGGACAGCAGCAUACGAAUUGCAGUAAAAUGGCUGCAGUUCAACAUUUUUGCAGAAAUGACUUUGCUAUUACUAUGAACAUUGUUGUUACUUAUUAAGUUUGUCUAGAUUUAACAAAUCUUAAUGAACUGUAGCACUUUAUGGUAGGAUACAAUACUAGAAAGAGGAUUUGCUCAGUGAGUUGAGUGGGUUGUCACACCAUGAAUGAAUGAUCUCGGCUUUUGUUCUGUUUCCUCGGUACUUCUAUAUAAAGUCUGUCCCUUUACACGCCAUACGUUAGCCCCCAGAAAAUGCACUUAAAAUGUCACAUGUGAAAAAUUGCUCUGAGAAUGGUACUUUAUAUGUGAUAGCAUGUUUUCUGUUGUCCCUUUUAUUUCUAAGUGCCCUUUUAACAAAACAAAAACAAAAAAAAUCAGUUACAUGAGCUGAAUUAAAACCAGUACAUUAUUUACCUCUUCCCCUUCUCCCCAAGAAUCCUCAUGGAAGGAGUGCUUACAGAGCAGACAGGUUGAAUCACUUCUCCCCUGAGCCUUCUGAUUCUUGCACAGGAGUGGUAUUCAUUUCUUUUGUGACUGUGUGGUGUGGCAUCAGUUUCUCUUUAGGCAUCACAUCUUUACAGUGAAAUGAAAUCCUAAAGCUUAUAUCUGACACUAAAAUAUAAUAGGUUUGGCUACUUAGAGAGCCUUCCAGAAGUCAUUCAUCCAGAGGUGAAAGUGGCCCACUAGAGUGUAUUGGCAAGAAGCAGCCACCAGUACUGGCUUGUACACAGCAGAUAUUAAAUCACUGUCACCCUGGACUUUACCUGCAGGGCUGCUGAUGGAAGAAGGGCUGCUGUCCUGGGCCCUUAAAAUUACCACCGGAGUCCAAGGACUCAUUAUUACUGGGGCAGCAGCAGCCAUGAAAGGGUAGCUGAGGAAGUCUGGUCCCAGUCCUGCCCCUUCUAUCUAAGGCCCCAUCCUUUCUGGGGGCCCAAAUCCCCCGACCUUGCCCAGGGCCCCAGCUGCCCCAAGCUGUCUACCAGUUUAUCCCAGUAUGUACUUUCACCCAUAGUCAACUGAACAUGUGAGGUUUGGAAGGUUUGGUUUGAGUUCACAUGGGCAAGAUGUGUUCAACAUAAGACAUCCUCAGCUAGUGGAUACUAAGAAAGCCCUGGUUUGCUCACUUGUUCAGUUCUGAAUGCUAGGAAAGGCAUGACUUUGAAUGUGGAGCAUUGCUAUUUGGGAAAUAGAGCAUCACGAAAUGCUUUACACCACUUCAUUGUAUAUGUGAAAAUUUUGAUGUUAAAAGUGCGAUGCUGUAUUGGAAUAAUAUUAUUUGUACUGAUAAUAGAAAUAAUUUAAGUAUAGAAAAAGUCAUUUAAUAUGUUUUUAUUUUCAAAUUUUUUCCCUUCAAAUUCCAUAUAGUUAUUUGCUGUUUAUUUAGGAUCUAAUCAAUGUGUAAUUUUCAUAUGAAAAGUUUUUUCUUUGUAAUUAUCAAGAACAAAGAUUUGUGUGUAUGGGUGUGAUAAGCUAGCAUUAUAGUAUGUCCUUUUAGUGCCUCUCUUCUUCAUUUUCCCAAAUGACCUUUAUUCAUCAGCAAAUAAACUUCACUUAUGGUUCCUCAGAGAAUUUAAAAAUAAUCAUUGUGGCAUUCUGUUCCUGUCUAGGAUGGGGAGAAGUGGGUAUAUGGCUUCAAACUAAAAUUCUGCUCAUUUCAACCAAUAUAUAUGAUCAACCAGUAUAUAUGAUCAAAUGUGAUUUGUCACUUUCAAAUUCCAUGACUUUAUAAAAUGCUUUUCUAUACAUUCACCUCAUAUGUUGAAAAUAUUGCUUUUACAGUUCUGGUAGUAUGGUCUAUGUUAAAGUUAUUCUAGGGUGCGCUGCUUAGCCUAUUCUGAGUGUAGCUCAAAAGAGGUAGCUGCUGCUGCUUAGGGGAUACCCAGGGCACCCCAAGGACCACUGAUCAGACACACCUUGGGGCCACCCUCAGGACACUGCUUGGGAAGUUCCUGGAACCAGCCAUAUCUGCUGCUGCUCACAUGGUCCUCAGAACCAGCUGUACCAGCUGCUGUGGAAUUCAGACUUACAGUAAUGUCCAUGAAACAACUGCAGCUUUAGUCAUGAUCCUAAUUAAGAGCUGAUUGUGUUAAGUUUCUUAAUGAAUUGGGUGGGGAGAAACUCAGCUAUUUUAUUUAUAAAACCAUCCAGUUCUAGUGGCACUAUUAAUUGAAUAGUUCAUUACAGCUCUAACAAGGACAUGUAAACAAUCCUAACAUUUUACCUAAAUACAAUUCUGUGUAGUCUUUUAAACCAUGUUCAUUACUGUAUUCUCAGAACCUACCAAUGAUGCAUUUAGUAAUAGGACUACACACCUGUCACAAGCUGGUUGGUUUUUUGAGGUAUGUGCAGUAUCUUGUUUUGGUAGGAUGUUUUUGUUUCUAAAAUGUUGUGUUUGAGAAGACUAUGGCAAAGACAUGCAUGUGAAUGGAAAGUAGAAAGGUUUGUGGUGAUCCUUGGGAGAGAAUUUAUUCCAGGGUCCUUGGACCAGCCUCCGAGAGAGCUGUAUGGGUGACAGAACUAAGAUUUAUUUCUAUUAUAGAGAGUUUUAUUGUGCUAGAGAAGCAUAGUUGUCCAAGAUCUUUCUCUGGAACUUGUGGUGGUGGUGUAUAGCAUGGGUACAGGCUAUGAAGUGCUUUGAUAAGGACCAAGAUCUUGAACUUGAUUCAAAAUUCUAUGGGAAGCCAGCGCAUGGUGUGGAGGUGAGCAGUAAUGAAAGGAAAACUGUCUGAAGAGCAUAGUGUAAGUUACAUGAUUCUGUAGGAGUCUACACUAGCUAGGAUGAGCAGUGUUCAGUAUUUAUCUCUUUUUCCAGAUUACUUACGAAUAUGCUGAAGUGGCAAAAUUUGCAGGUACAGAUGAAAUUCAGUAGUGACAGAUACGAAGUAAUGUACAAUAGAAUUCAUAAAUCCAACUAUGCAUACAAAAUGUUGGUCUAAAUUAGCCAUUAGCAUCCAUGACGGAUAUUGGAGACAACAGUUAAACCUGCAAGUGACUUCUGCCCCAUGCUGCAGAAGGUUGAAAACACUUCUAUUACUGUAAAGCAAGGAGAAUUCCUUUCCACCUCCAGAUAUGGUGACAAGUUAAACCCUGAACAUAUGUGCAAGAUUUGUCAGGCAGAAAACUCAGUAAAGUAGCUCAGAGCCUUCCCCAUCUAGUGUUCCAUUACACCAGCCUUUGGAGAUACUGCCUGCUAGCAGUCAUAGAUCAGCUGCAUGUAAUUGUAGACAAUCAUAUCACACCAUCCCCUCAGGAAACUUACCAAGUUCAGUCUUGGAGAUAUUACGUUUUUUGCUUUCAUGGUUUUCCUUGGAUGGUUAUUUCUAAAGACAGUGAUGGAUUAGAUAAAAACUGGUAGCACUGCCUUUCCCCCAGGGCUGAUCUACCCCUAGUUUGUGUAACACUGCUUAGUAACUGACAGAUAAGGCAUUAAAACCCCUUCCUAUGGACACAAUUCUGUCACUAAAAGAUGUUUUUAUGCCAGUAAUAGAAAUAAACUAUACAGUUAUAAAGACCAUCUUAUAUUGAUAAAAUUGCAUCCACAGGAGGGGGUUGUAAUGUCUUGUCAGUUUCUAUAAACACAGAGUACUACAAACAACUAUAUAUGUCUAUCCCCAGGGCUGAUCUAAUGUAGGUAGUCUGUAGCUUGAUUGAAUUGUUUUGACUAGUUUUUAUACUAGUAUAGUAGAAACUAUAUUCCCACUGCUAGAAACUUGUCUAGAGACCCAGCUAUCUUUUACUUGGAGAAGAGCAGCAGCUUAAUGCCAUCAACUCCCAUAUAUAAUAUCCACCAAUCAGAUACACUCCAGAGUGGCUCUACUGAAGCUUCAGAAAACAAGUAGAGAAGUACCUUUUUAUAAGAAGUGAUGGGUGGGUUCCUGUGUGUGAAAUGCUUCAAGGUUCUUGAAUGAAAUUUGGCACUGUGAAAAUGCAACAUUUGUCUAGCUUUAAUACAGUUCCUCGUUUAACCUGUCAAUUUGGUGUGUCCUUUCUGUGUUUUAGUAAUUUAAGUUGCUGUUCUACUCCUUUGCCCUCUUCUGGGUGUAGGAGGGAUUACAGAAACAUUUGGCAGUAAGGCAGAUUUCACUUGAACUCUAAAUCUGGCUGAAGUAGCCUCAUGUUUUUAAAUAGCUAUCUGCCAGGUAUCUCCCAAGAAACUAACCAUUAGUUUAAUAUUAAACAUGAUUUUAAUGUGUGUUCUUUUUUAGGUUGUUGCACUGUGUUUUAAUACAAGAUAAACUUGGGUACAGCUUGUCUGUUCCUUAAUACUCCCACCUUCACUGUGUCAUGGUACUGAGCAGUCUGUAUCCAUAUCUUGUUUUUAUUCUUAGAUUAUAAACAAUGUCAUUAUUUGUGUUUGUACAGCACCUACCUCUGUGGAAUCCUGGUCCAUGACUGGUGCAUUCAGGGCACUUUAAUACAAAUAAUAAUUCAGCACAACUGCUGACAGAUGAAAAGAAGAAAUCCAGUCAAUGAAUCAAAAAGAUUGACUAAGUUGAGUCUUUGGCAAACUUUAACAAAACACCUAUUUACCUCUCUCCAUCAAUCUUUUAAUAAAAGCCUAUUCACUAAACAGUCUUACAAUGUUUAUCAUUGAGGCUACCACCUAAUGAGGAUGAUCUGGAAAGGAGGCAUGGCUCCACCUUGAUACCCCUACAGCAGUGAGUUGCCUUUUGUGAGAUGGAGUUGUGGAAAAGGGGCAAGGAGAUUACCAACUAGCAGUAGAUAGCUCAACUCAAAAGCAAGAGUAUGGCAGUGUGUUAGAAAUAGCUGCAUUAUGUAGAUGGCUUGUUUGGGCCCCUCUCUAGCUAGAGCUCCUUUGGUUGUCUUCCUAAGCUCCAUUUAUUAUUGCCUUUCGGUACCGACAGCCACAAUAGUACUUGACACAGCACUGUUUCCGUGUGCAAACCUGAGCUUCACUGGGAUCAGGGGAGGAUGUUAUGUAGACAGAAUUCCUUUCUGUGCCUUCCUAGCUAGGAUGCAUAGAGAAGGUCCCUUUGAACACAGAAGUGGAACUAACCAUGUCACUUCUCAAUUAUAUUUCAGCUGCAAGAAAGAAACAAGCUACCUUACAAAAGCAUUACUAAUCUAGAUAGUUUCAUUUUCAAGAAUAACAUUUAUAGUCACCAGCUCAUGGAAAGCUUCAGUUCUAGGAUGCUUGGUCCUAUAAGCUUGAAGCUAGGAGAGUGGGGAAAUAAUUUGCCAUACUUUCUAUUCAUGAAACAGCAUACUAACAUUUUUAAACAGCAUAGAGUGUGUUUAUACACAGCUUACGUAAAAAUUGACAAAGGUACUAGUCUCAGGAAUCCUUUAUUGUAUUUCACUGUAGUUAUAAUUGAGCAAACACGUUCUAUACAAUUCACCUAGUUUAAUGCCAUCAAAUGUAAGUUUCAGAAUGAACUUGCACAGUUUGAUGGACAAAUCAGGGCAGAAGUAAUAGUCAAGGCAAGGGCACAACUCUCAGCUACAACAUUUGCUUCAUAUUAUGCCCCCUAGAAAGACUGACAGAAAGGAGUGGGUGGGAAGAAAUCAAAUUAACAGGAAAAUUAAUUGCUGUGUAUGGAAUAGUUUUCUUGCUGUCAAAGUUACGUUAAUACUGCUUGUGGAGCAAGCUUAUGGUACAUAAAAAAUUAUAAAAGCUGAGACACAAGAUAGUCUCCCUUUAUGCUAAAUGCUUUAUAUCUAGGUAAAACUGAUAAGAGGAUGUCAAACUUGUAAUAUAACUGUAAAACAUAUACAAGACCAUCCAAUAUAGAUAGAAAAACAUCAGCUUCUUCUUCCUUUUGGUCUUCUCCAGUUAGACCUAGUGAGAUUGAUUGGGGAAACAAGCCCUCGCUUGAGAAGUUUAGCCCAAAGUACCUCCAAGAAAUUGCUGUCUUGAAAAAAAUACAGUAGUGAUUUAUUUUUCCACUAUAUUCCUCUAUUGAAAUAGACAGUUUCAUUAACAAUGAGAAAGGGCACUCCUGCCACACAUUUCAUCAGCAAAAAAAUUCGUGAAGAAAAGUGGUAUUACUGUAACUUUAAAAUAUUAAUGUUUCAUGUGUUCUUCAUGUCCAAAUAUAUCAGUUUCAGAUGAAUUUAGGUUUUUCUUGAAUGUAAUGGUAAAUAUAGCUAAUGGUAUAAGUUAGUGAACACCAGCAAGUGUGCUCAAUUUUACAAAGAAUCAUGCCAUUAAAUUGUAUUUGUGCUAUAAUUACAGGCUUGAAAAUUAGUUGAUUUGUCAUUCACAUUUUAACAAAGGGACAAAGUCUCCACCUUUUAAAAAUAGUUCAAAAGCUAUUCUAUAUUUGACUUUCAUACCUUUAUAUAAAAUUAUUAAAAUCUCAUUCAUAGCCCAGGAUAUCAUCACAAUUUUUCCCUCUUAACUAACCAUACAUUUAGCUGAAACACUUUAAGGACUCACUUCUGCUUUGAGGUAUCCAACUGGGCACUGCUGCAUAGCUUGUAAAAUCAGCUAUAGCCCACCAGUGCAAAAAGCAAUAGUUGAUUUGACACAAGUAUGGGCUUGAUCCUGCAAACUCUUACUUGCUUGAGUAGUUCAACUGAAACUUGUGUUACAUGUGUUAGGGUUUGCAGGAUUAGAUCCUACGUGUUGAUGCAAGUUCAUGCAUCAGCAGAAGUCAGCCUGAAGACUUCAGAAAUAAAAAUAACAUUUGCUUCUAAGAUAUAUACAUACCCAGCCAUUUAUGUACAUAUUCACAAGUCUGGUCUAUGAAUAAAAAGGAACUAAUUACAGAAACUGUCAAAACAUUUUUUUAAAUCAAGUUCAAUUUAGAGAAAGCAAAAAAAGUAAUUGCAACAUCGUGAGUAUUUAGCAAAAUGUAAAAUAAAAACCCAAGGAUGUCUAGAUACAGCAUAUGAUGUAAAGGGCAUGGAAUUAACACCAACUUUGAUAUUAUACCCAUAACUCUUCUGUUCUUCCAAAUUUGUAGAUCAGAGUACU